CUAGAUCAAACAUUUUCGGCCUUCCUGAACCUUGUUAGCAAAUAGUAACCUUCACGCGCAUAGACGUGUUGCGCCUAGCAAAGGCUUCAGUAUCCUGAAUGGCUGCCGACCAGGAAAGCGUGCGGAAGGCCUUGCAAAAGGAGGCUGAUGUCUAUCGUGGUUUCCAAGCAGAACUACAAAAGUUAGCGAACGGCAAGCGGGACAUCACAGCUCGGUACCAGGAGACGGAGACAGUACUGGAGGAGCUGAAGCUGCUGGACGAUGAGGCUAACGUGUUUAAGGCGGUGGGGCCAGUGCUGGUGAAGCAGGACCUCGUGGAGGCCCGUGCCAACGUCACGAACCGCCUGGAGUUUAUGAAGAAGGACAUGGAGCGGUUAGAUAACCAGAUUAAGGGCGUGGAGAGCAAAAUGCUUGACCGGGAGAAGGAGAUCAUGAAGCUCCAACGGAAGCUGCAGGGCGCAGCGGCUGGGGCGCAAUAAAGGCAGGAGUGCUUCUGGAAGUAGUUGCAUUCAGGGCAAUGGGGCAGUUGGGGUCUUACAUGGUGAACUAGAGGCGGGCACGACGCGUUGUGGCAUUUGACGUAUAUAGCUUCUGUCCGUACAGGAUCAUGUCUUCCGUAGAUGUAACAUGUUUGAUAGCGCCCCUCUUAAGGGGACCUUGGUUUGGUUGAGGAGGGCGCCUGGGUGCCGGGACAUAGGCGUCCUGAAUCGCACACAAUUAGGCGGAGUUGGUGUCCCGCCCCAGCGGGUAGGGCGUUGAGCGGUACCGGUUGACGGUACCGGGAUGACGUUUACGGAGGGCCAUGGACUCGUUGUGCAGCGAUGGCGAUUGGCGGCGGCAGCUUUGGUGGCGGUGGUUGCCGUACCCUAACUUGUAGCUGGGUGUCGUACUUCUGUUACAUCUACGUGCUAGAUGGCGUUUUCCCCUAGUGUUGCGCGCUGUUAAACAGAAUAAUCUUUUGACAAAUGUGCACAUCCUAGGAUUUACCUUUGGAGGCUAUUUGUUUCUAGAAACAAAGGCGAAAUGGCUGUGGCUUCGGUCCCUGGCAUGCCUGACCUUCAGCUGCGCAUGAGCAAGAAGAUAGCGCAGCUGACGAAGGUCAUUUAUCACCUAAACAACAAGAACGAGGAUAAUGAGCUUGACCUCGCGGAGCUGGCAGAGCAAUAUGAGACCGAAAUAGAGCAAAUAUUACGGGACACUGCUGAUAAGAUCAAUCACUUUAAGGCGCAACUUGAUAUAGCCAAUGACGCGGCCCGGAUAGCGGAACUUAACAAGCAACUGGAAGCAAAAUAUGAAGACGAGCGACGCCGAUGCUUGAACGAAAUCGAGUCUAUCCGGAAGAGGGCCGCCGAGAAGGAGGCAGCUAUCCAGAAGGCGGCCACCAAGCAGAUCGAGGGGCUGCAAUCUCAGGUGGACGAGUUGCAGCGGCAGCUGCAGGCGCGCAUCCGCGAGGUCAACGAGAUGUCCACCAACGCCACCGCGAGCAACCAAGAGCUCCAGGAGGCGCUGGCUCGCGCGCGCCAGGAGACGGAGGACGCCAUCCAGACCCACAACCGCCGCUACAACGACAUGCUGGCGGAGCGCAUGCGCCGCGAGGACGAGCUGGAGGAGCAGCUGGCGGCGCUGAGGGCGCAGCUGGAGGCGGCGGCGGCGGCGCGGAGCGAGGUGGAGGGGUCGCUGCGGCAGGCGCGGACGCAGUGGGAGCAGGAGCGGGCGGGCAUGGUGGACGAGCGGAAGGCCGCUGACGCCAGCUGGAAGGGCAAGGUGGAGGCGCUGGUGGAGGAGGUGCAGCGGGAGAAGGCGGCGGGGCGGGAGGCGGGCAAGCGCGCGGCGGAGGCGGAGGCGGAGGCGGCGGCGCGCAUCGAGCAGCUAGAGGGCUCGCUGGCGGGGACGGAGCAGCAGCUGCGGGAGAGCGAGGAGGAAGCCAAGAGCCUGGGCGGACAGCUGGCCUCCCUGCAGUCCAGCAGCGAGGCCCAGGCGGCGCAGAUCGCCUCCCUGGAGCAGCAGCUGGUGGCGCUGCAGCAGCAGCUGGCGGCGGCGGCGGAGGGCGCGGAGGGGGAGGCGGCGGCGGCGCAGGCGGCAGCAGCGGCGGCGGCGGCGGAGCAGGCGCGGCUGAAGGGCGCGCUGGCGGCGACUGAGGGGCAGCUGGAGGAGACGAAGGGGGAGCUGGGCGCGACUAAGACCGAGCUGGAGCAGCUCCGGCAGCAGCUGGUGCGCACGCGGGUGGACGGGGACGCCAUCGCGGGGCAGCUGCGGGCGCGGGUGACGGCGCUGGAGGCGGACGUGGCGCGAGCCACCAGCACCGGCAAGAGCGAUGCGCUGGAGGCGGCCACAAAGGUGCGGGAGCAGUACGAGCGGCAGUUGGCGGAGGCGGCUGAGGCGGCCCGGAAAGCGGCUGAGGCGGCCCGGCGGGAGCGGGACGAGGCGGUGGAGGCGGCGCGGCGGGAUGCGGCGGCGAGGUUGGCGGGCGCGGAGGGCAGUGCCAAGAGCCAGAUAGAUGAGCUACGUCGCAAGCUGGAGCAGGACCGAGCUGCCGCCGUGUCCUCCCUGGAGUCCGCCCACGCCCGGGCGCUGGCGGAGGCGGGCGCGCAGCGGGAGGAGCUGGCUCGGCGGCUGGCGGCUGUGGAGGCGCUGGCUGCGGAGGAGCGGCGGCGCGGGGAGGGGCUGGAGCAGCAGCUGGCGGUGGCGAGGAAGCAGGCGGAGGAGCACGGACAAAACGCCAGCGAGACCAGGGUCCAGCUGGAGUCCCGCUUGGAGGCGCUCACGGCGCGCGAGGCCGCCCUCUCCAACGACCUCGCAGCCGCCCGUGCCGCCGCGGCAGCAGCGGAGGCCCGCGCUGCACAGGCGGAGCAGCAGAUCCGCGAGCUGCAGGCGCAGCUGGCAGCGGCACUUAGCAAGGCGGAGGAGGACAAGCGUACGGCAGAGGCGCACCUGGUUUCGGAGCUCGAGCGAGUGCGCUCCGAAGGCGCCGCCGCCACUCAGUCGGCGCUGCGCAUGGCGGCGAGCGAGGCGGAGGCGCGGCUGGCUGCUGAGCUGGCGUCGCUGCGGGCGCAGAUGAGCGCGGCGGGGGGCGCGGCGGAGGCAACCAUGCGGCGGGAAGUCGAGGAGGCGCGGCGGCGAGCCGAGGACGCGCGUAAGAAGAUGGAGGCGGAGAUGGAGGAGCUGAAGCGGACGCACCGGGAGGAGCUGGACGAAAUGCGGGCAAUGUACGAAUCGCGGUUAGAGCUCCAAAGCGAGGCCGCCGCCGCCGACCUCGCCGCCGCCGCCAGCGCCUCCGCCGCCUCGCAAGCCUCCGUGGAGGAAGCCGCGCGGACCCGCCUGGCGGAGGCGGUGGCGGCAACGGAGGCGGCGGCGGAGGCGCGCGGCCGCGAGGCGGCGGAGGCCCUCCGCAAGGAACUGACGGCGGAGCGGGAGCGGGCGCUGGCGGAGGCGGCGGCCAAGUACGAGGCGGAGGCGCGUCGUACGGCAGCGGAGGCGGCGGAGGAGCGGGAGCGGCUGCGGUCGUACCAUGCGUCGGUUACGGAGCAGCUCGGGGAGCAUAAGGCGCGGGAGCUGGAGGAUGUGAAGCGGGCCCAUGAAGCCAUGCUGGCGGCCGCCUCCCGCCGUCACGAGGAGGCGCUUGCCUCCCUCUCCGCCAGCCACGCCGCGCAGGUGGCUCAGCUGAGUGCGCAGCUGGAGGCGGCGGGGCGGGCGGCGGCGGCGGAGGGCAAGAAGCUGGCGGCGGCGGAGGAGGAGCGCAAGGGGCUGACGGGGCGGGUGGAGGCGCUGACGGCGGCGCUGGCCAACAAGGCGGCGGAGAUGGCGGACACGGUGUUCAAGCUGAAGCAGGACGCCUCCUCCGAGCGCGAGCGGCUGCUCUACUCCUACAAGGCCGACAAGGAGGCCCUCGUGGCGGAGUCGCAGCAGCUGGCCUCGCAGCUGCGAGCCCAGAUGGAGGCGGCGGCAGCGGACGCGGAGGAGCGCUACAGCCAGCUGCAAGCCGCGCAUGAGGAGCUGCGGGCGCGCUGGGAAGCGCGGGAGCCGCGGGAGGAGGAUGUACGACGGAUCGCGGAACUGGAGGCGAAUGUACGGCACCUGGAGGAUCUGGUACGGAGCUCUGAGGAGCGCAUGGCGCAGCUGCGGGCGGAGCUGUUGUUGCGGGAGGAGAACUACAACAAGCACUUUAAGAACGGGGGCGCGGGUGAGAAGGUGUUGAAUGUAGACAUGGCGCUGAAUGCGCAGAGUGGGGUGAUGGAUUGGAUGCUGGGGAACAAGAACAAGGGGCAUAGGAGCACGGGAGGGGAUGGGCACCGACCGGGGGGAAGCGGGCGGAAGUAGGGUGCGAGCGAGCGCUGAGGUUGCUGCGGUACUGUCCGGGGUGAUGAUGGGUUGAUGGCUGCAGCAGCAGCAGCUGCUGCUCGGCAGCCAUUCUCGGAGGUUACUCGGAUUGUUUCUAGGUGCAAGUACAGCGGAUGGCUUGCGGUGGGCUGGGUAGUACCGGAAUGGGCGCCUUCUGCCUGUGAGCCGCACUACCAGUGUCUGAGGGUGCAAACGUGCGUGACGAGCGCGUGUGCUUAUUGUGUAUAUGCAUGCGUGUGUGUGGUCCCGUGCGAGAUGAGAAACCAGAUGUGGAAGAGUGAAAGGAGCAGGGUCUAGAUAGGCGCAGCGUUGGGUAGGGGGAGUUGACAUGCGCCUCCUACACUUGGAGUGUCCCCCUUUGGCGGCACGGCGCGUGACAGUAUAAUAGCUUUGAGCGGCUUUCGACGACGUUGCUACGCAUGAGCUUUGCUACAGAUAGUUCAUAGCGGCAAAUGGGAUGGUUUAGGGUUAGCCGUUACCCAAUUUGGACAACCCCUGUCCAAACACAACACUCGCGCAGGUGUCUGGAUGCUGUGAACACUCAACCGGCAGCAAUUCAGCAGUUGUGUGGCACUGCUGACGUAGCCGGUUU